UACCAAUUCAUGGCGAAAAAAUCCGAAUAAAACAUAAAGUUAAUAGGGGAAAUUAUGAGUAAAAAUAAAGUAGAUUUCAAAGCCCAGCUAUUAACAAAAAAUAUGGAACAUGACAUGAGUGUGUCUCAGAUUGAAGACAAUGGGACUGAUUAUGUAUUGAGAUGCAUCAAGGGAAUGUACAGAGGGAUGUUCAUAUAUCUGAAUCUAGUGGAAAAUGGAGAAACAAUUGGAAGCGAUGAAAGUUGCACUCUAUAAAUGGAGGAUUGUGGAUUAGAGAAAACUCAUGUGAAAAUUAAAUAUAAAUAUAAUGAAGAAUAGAAGAAAAAUGGAUAUCACCUAACUUGUUUUGGUCCAACUCUAAUAAAAAUUCGUUAUGAUUGUCCUGCUCUCAUCAAAAAUAAUAUGGAAAUAACAAUUGGAAAAUAAAUUUAUAUCAUUCAGACUGUGCAAGAAGGCUUUAAUGAAAUAUUAGAAUGGCUAUCAAUCUAUGAUCUUUAAGGAUUGAAGCAUUUUUUUUUCGGAAACAAUAUACACAAUCUAAAAUAGCUAAAAUAGAACAAGAUAGAUUAAUUAAUCAGUUCGGUAUAAUCUUAUAGUGCCACUCAAGAUUAACUGCUUAAAUUAAGAGAGGCUUAUAAUCAUAUAGAUGAUAUCAUUCUUUAAAAUUAUGAUGCGUUCAAAAUUAAUUUAUUGGACAAAAAGAAAAAUACAAUAGUCUUGCAAUUCGGGUGGUCUGGAGCAACAAUUAGUUCAAAAACCCAAAGAUAUUAAAAACCUCCUGAUAUUCUGCUUAAGAAAUAAGAAAUCGAUGAUUUAGAAGAAGACCCUGAUUUUUAAUUACAAAUCAAAUUUAUCUAAGGGAAGUAUUGGAUUUGGGGUUCGAAGACUGACACUUACAAUACGUUCUAUAAAUAAAAUAAAGAAGAAAUCAGAGUCAUUUAACCUGACGAUGUGAUCAAAUUAAAUACUAUUGAGUUGAUAGUGUAAAGAUUUAAUUAUGGCUUUUUUUAAGAUCCUGGAACAAAGAGAACUUAAGAAGAUCGAUAUACAAUUAUAUAGGAUUUACAAGUAAGUAGUAGAGUCCCAGUUUCAUGUUAUGCAAUAUUCGAUGGUCAUAAUGGGAAUUCUUGUGCUAAUUAUAUGUCCUAAAAUCUAAUGGAUAACAUAAGAGAGGAUUUUAAUUAAGAAUAGAAGGAAUUUGAUCAUCAAAAUAAAUUCUUGGCUUUCCUUUAUGAGAAUAUUAGAUCCACUUUUAAAGAAACAGACAAUGACUUUUUAACUGAAAUUGUCCAACCAAAUGCUUCUACAGACUCAGGGUGUGUAGCUGUUGUCGUAAUGAUAAUAGGUGAUUACAUUGUCAGCAUAAAUUGUGGUGAUUCCAGAGCAAUAUUAUCAAGAUAAGGAGAAGCCAUUAACUUAACCGAAGAUCAUAAACCAAAUGCUCCUGCUGAAUAUGCCAGAAUAAAAAAAAAAAGGGUUGAUAUAAUUGGUGGAAGACUUGGAAAUCUUGCUGUUUCUAGAGCUUUUGGAGAUUUUGGUGAAAAAAAGAAAUAUCCAAAAAAUACAAUCACUUCAAAACCUGAUAUCAGAGUGACUACCAUCGAUUAUAGAACUGACGAAUUUAUAUUGUUAUGUAGUGAUGGUAUUAUUGAUGGAUUCGGAGAAACAUAGGAAUCUGAAUAGAAUUUGUAAUAAAUAUCGCCAAGUCAAAGAGUAAUUGAUUUUGUCAGAGAUAUGUACAAAGAAUAAUAAAUUGGAUUAUAAGAUCCUUAAGAAGCAGCAUAAUAAGUAGUAUUAAAAGCAUAUUAAUAUAAUGUCACAUAUAGGAGAUAAUCAGAUAAUAUCAGUUGCAUGAUUAUAAACCUUACUAGAGGAAUUGUUUUUUGA